ACUUGAUCGGGUACAAUCUUCAUGUCACGGCUGAUGUCCUGGUGACUAGGGCCUGGUCAAAUAGUGUCAUGACACAAGCGGCGAAGGAUGCCGCAAAAUACUUGAAGACUACGCUUCGACUUCCGAGCUCGAAAUUUCCUCCACGCCCACCUCCAGCAGAUCUCGCCCGCUACCUUCCUCGAUGCGCUGACGCUCUUUACGCCUGGCAGAAGGAGAAUCGCCCUGCCUCAAACAACUUCAUCUUGCACGAUGGACCUCCAUACGCCAAUGGUGACCUUCAUGUUGGACAUGCGCUAAACAAGAUCAUCAAGGACAUCAUAUGCAGGUCCAAACUCGCAGAUGGCAAACGGGUCAACUACGUACCUGGCUGGGAUUGCCAUGGACUUCCGAUCGAGAUGAAAGUUUUGGAACAGCAGAAUCUGCACAGUGGACAAGAUGUUGACCCUGUGGCGGUCCGAAAGAUGGCCCGGAAAUUCGUCUUCAAAACGGUGGAGAAACAAAUGGCGGGCUUUCGUUCUUGGGCAGUCAUGGGCGACUGGAAUACUCAUUGGAAGACGAUGGACCAAGACUUUGAGUUGCGACAACUGUCUGUGUUCAAAGCCAUGGCAGACCAUGGAUUGAUCUAUCGUAGACACAAGCCUGUCUAUUGGUCUCCAUCCUCACGAACAGCUCUUGCAGAAGCUGAACUCGAGUAUAAAGAUGACCAUGUCUCAACCGCUGCACUGGUCAAGUAUCCGCUAGACCAUCCUUUCUCGUCAAUUCAAAGUCCAGUUCAUCUUCUCAUUUGGACUACAACCCCGUGGACAUUGCCUGCCAAUCAAGCAGUCGCAAUCAACUCGGCUCUGAACUACGUUGUUGUGAAAUCGGACACCCACGGCCAUCUCAUUGUGGCCGACACGAGGAUUGAAUACCUCGAGUCUGCCAUUGGAGAAAAGGUCGACAUCGUCCAAGAAAAUAUUCCAGCAGAAGAUUUACUACGUUCCACAUAUUCCGGGCUUGCCCAAUUUGGUGUGGGCGCUUCGAAACGGCCAGUUGUCCACGCAGAUUUUGUAUCCGCAGCAAGUGGUACAGGUCUAGUCCAUUGCGCGCCAGGUCACGGAAUGGAGGAUUAUGAAGCACUUCAACCGCUAAUCAAAUCGUCCGUGGUCUCGGUCAAAGCACCUAUUGACGAUCUAGGGCAGUUUGAUGACACAGCUUGUCCUGAUCGACCAGAAUUAUUGUCUGGGCAAUCGAUAUUCGGAGAAGGCAACAAGGCCGUCCUGAAUAUGCUCACAGCCAAAGACCUCCUUGUACACCAACACGACUACCAACAUAAAUAUCCCAUCGAUUGGCGAACCAAGAAACCUGUCAUCAUUCGUGCAACUGCACAAUGGUUCGCCGACAUCUCGAACAUCAAAAAGGACACUUUGAAUGCGUUAGAUGCCGUUGCAUUCACCCCGGAUACUGGCAAGACCCGGCUACGCAGCUUUGUGGAAAACCGGUCUGAAUGGUGUAUUUCACGUCAACGAGCUUGGGGAGUUCCCAUACCGGCAAUAUACCACAAAGCGACUGGACAAGCAGUGGUCAGUUCUCAGAGUAUUGAGCACGUCAUUAGUACCAUCCAGGAUCGCGGGAUUGAUGCAUGGUGGUCUGAUCCACCACAUGAUCCUCGAUGGAUCGCCCCUGGCUUGGAUCCCGCGGAUUAUAUCCGAGGCACCGACACCAUGGACGUGUGGUUUGAUAGCGGAACAAGCUGGUCAUCAGUGCUUGGAUUGAAUGCGGUACAGACUGGACCGCUUUCUGAUAUCGUUGUCGAAGGAACAGACCAGCAUCGCGGAUGGUUUCAGUCUAGUCUGUUGACAAAUGUGGCAUACCAAAAAUCACUUGACGCUACUGCUAUUGCGCAUGCUCCUUUCAAAUCGGUGGCCACGCACGGCUUUACGUUAGACGCGCAAGGCAAGAAGAUGAGCAAAUCCUUAGGAAAUGUCAUUGCGCCAGCCGAGAUUAUUGCUGGCCUUGACAGUCCCCCAAAAGUAAUAUCCAAAGAUACAAAGAAGAAGCCACGUGAGGUUCAUGCUCUAGGACCGGAUGCACUUCGGCUCUGGGUGGCCAGUAGCGACUGGACCAAAGACGUGGUGAUCAGUCAGACCGUGGUCAAAGCUGUUCACGCUGCUUUGGACAAGUAUCGAGUGACGAUGAAACUGUUGCUGGGUCUGUUGGGAGAUUUCCAAAUUGAGCAAGCGGUGUCGUACGAUGAGAUGCCCUUGCUUGAUCAAGUGGCUCUCCUUCAAUUGCAUCGUGUUAGCCAGACGGUGAAAACGGCAUACCAAGACUUAGAGUUUCACAAAGCAAUCAUCGCGAUCAACAAAUGGGUCGCUACUGAUCUAUCUGGCUUUUAUUUUGAGGCUAUCAAAGAUAUCCUAUACUGCGACUCACCUUCGAGUUCUCGACGCCGGAGUGCUCAGACAGCUCUUCAUCAGAUAUUCACCCAGUUUCAACACAUGCUAGGUGCGACAACACCUCUACUUAUUGAAGAGACCUGGGAACAUACUCCUGAAGGAUACAAAACGGACCUGGAGCAUCCUCUGAAACGGGUGUGGGCGCCUGUGCCGGCGGAAUGGAACAAUUCAAGUCUUGAUGUGAUCGUCCCCAAGAUCAUAACCAUUAAUUCGGCAGUCAAGUCUGCACAGGAAAAGGCACGAUCCGAGAAACUCAUGGGACAGUCACUAGGGUCUGACGUUGCACUCUACCUUUCUCCAGAUGAGACCUUGGCCAGUAUCCCGACUGAGACGUGGCAAGAGAUCUUUGUCGUGUCUGGAGUGGACGUCCACUUCCACCAAGAUUUCACUGAGAAAGCUCAACACCAUCUCCAACACCACAACCCGGUUUGGGCACAUUCGAGUGUUAUUGAGAACACCGACGGCAACGGUGCUAUGGGAAUGGCUAUUGUGACAUAUCCCACUGGGGCUAAAUGCGCUCGGUGCUGGAAAUAUGUGGUGGAAAAGACAGAAAAAGCUUCGGAACAAUCAGGAUCUGCCGAUGUCGUCAAUGAAACUGAGUUGCCACUGUGUCAGCGAUGUACGGAUGCAGUGACAGAAUAUGAGAAGUGAAUAUUGGAUAUAUAUAUAUAUAUAUAUAUAUUCAGGUGUUCGGCAAGCUAGACAGCCCGGUGUACAAAAGAUCAUGU